AUGCGUUUAGACAAACCGCCCUCCUGGACACCCAUAAACCUUUCUGGUCAACUUUUCUUUGGAGAAACAAGACGGCUUUUGGUGGACUGGCAUGUCGUUAUUGUCAUAUUACCAGGAACUGGCCACUUGCUGGCUAUUUGCAAACCUCCAAACGCUACCACAUGGUCUACCAUACCUCUAGCAUCAUUACCUCAGCCGUCUCCUACCAAUUAUAUCUUUGGUAUUGCAGUGGAUCUAUCUAAGCAAACUCCAGUAACAGUUGAUGGAGUCGCACGUCGCCUUCCUGUUUUGGUAACACUAAGUAGUGAUGGUUCUAUUCGUUCGUAUCAACUGUCACCACCAUCGAAAGAUUAUCCUGAGUGCAAUGUAUCACUUGUAGCAGUGGAUCCCGGCAUAAUCCAUUUGGGUCUUCGUCCAGCCACGACUUCAGUUAUCCAAUCAAAUCCAUCUCCAGCACCUGCUCCAGCUGCACAUUCUCCACUCUUACAGUCAUCCACACCUAUAGCUGGAUUAUUUGCCAAAAUGGGAGAGCAGAAAGCAUCUCCAACUAUCCUUGCGGCGAGCACACCAUUAGGAAGUUCACUUGGAGGAGCGCAAUCAGCAGCACCAAGUUCCUCAAGCCAUAGUACGGCGGCGACGCCGUCGAGCAUCUUUUCUGCUCAGCCAACUGCAUCAGCUGGGAGCGGCAGUGUUGGAACCCUACAGACCACACCGAAAUCCAUACUUACCCAACCUCAAACUAGCCUUCCGUCGGUGUCAUCUCUAACGCAUGAUGAAAACUCGGAGACAGCUGAUGAGAUUGAACGGAUGGUCAUUGAAUUAGACGAGGAACUGUGUGACAUGUUAAGGCUUUUAGCGGAGAAAAAAGAAUUGGUUGAGGAGAAAACCGCAACGUAUAAAGAAACCAGAGAUGUUGAGCUUACUUAUAAGCGCCCUCUGGAUCUGCUUGAGAGAACCCAUGGGGACAGCGUAUUGCAAAAGUUCGAAGAUUUAACCAUAAAGCUUCACAAAGCAAAGAAACUGAUUGCAGAAACUAAGAAAUUGUCGGUA